UUAAUUUGCUCCAUUGGAAACGACAGGAUCUGGUCUAUCUUGGGUUAGUUAUAAAAAUCUUUCGUCCUACCUUCAGUUAUCACGGAAAAUCGUAUGAAUGCAAACAACAGUUGUACGGAUUAUUCUCGUUUUUACAUCACAAGCAAUUCAUAUGCAUCUUCUUUUCAAAUCUCGGGGAUAUCUUAUUCAUGACGUUUGUGCUUUGUAGUUUGUAGACAGUCCGCAAAUUUGUACAUUCCGAGGAGGCUCUUCUUUGACACUUCAUAUAGAGCUUGACAUAAUCAAAAUAGAACGUUUCACUUGGAAGAGGUUGAGUUGCAUCAGUGGCACCAGUGUUAGUGUAGAAAAUGUCUGACUCUAUUAUUUUAGCACUGAUAGUGUUUCUCAUCUUGUGUUUGAUUGUAACGGUGGUUGCAGCUGUUGUGUACUCUGGGCUGUUCACUGAGGUCAAUAUCAAGACAGGGUCGCCUUAUAUCAAAAACGUUACUAUUGCCUACAAAUUCCAUAAAGGACCGUAUAAAGACUGUGGUGCAGCUUUCACAGAGACUGUCAGUAUUGGGCCAAAGCUCAAUACCAUCCGCGUGUCCUACGAUGACUCCACAGAGGUGCCCGAUGACCAGUGUCGCUACAUCAUUGGCAGUAUCCUGAGCGAGGGGGAUGAAAAGCCUGACGAAGAGCUCCAGAAGCUGUAUGAGAAGUUUGGCUUCAAUGUGCUGUCCUUCCCUGAGGUGUCCCUGGCUGUGACCACCACCUUCCCCUCCACCACCCCCCUGUCCCACUGGCUGGCACCCUACAGAGUCUACCCCGAACUCCGCAACUACAUCAUGGAGAGGCAACUCCAUGCCUGGCCAUUCAUUGAGAUCAAUACAGGGGACCUAACGCACUACAUUGCUCCGCUGUCCUCCCAGAGCGGCUUCCACCACACUGGCUUCGUUGUGCCCGAGCUCGUCACACAGACAGUGGCCAAGACACCGGAGACAGAGGAGUCCUUGGACCAGGACAGAGGGAUGGAUAUUUCAGGUGCAGAGUCCCACAGUGAUGUCAGCAGCAAGCUGAGCGGCCAGGCGCAGUCAAAGAGCACAGAGACGUCUCUGGCCCCGUCCUCCGCCUCCUCUCUGCCCCACAGGGACCAGGGGGACGGGGUCGAACAGGGGCAGGGUGGAGAGCACAGGGAGCCAAGUGAAAAGGGGCAUGGGGACAGGGGCUCCAGCGAGUCAGUAGGCAGCGGCUCUUCCUUUGAGGAACUGGACUUGGUGGAAGAGAUGGUGGAGGAGCUGGAGAGAGAGUUGGGGAGGGAGGAGGAAGGCCCCACAGUGAAGGAAGAUGCCAGGGAAGCCCCAGUAGAGGCUGUAGCUGAGGAGAGGGAGCCUGUAGGGGAUGGAGAGGAGUAGAAGAGGAUGGUUGGAGCAAACUCCUCGAGUUUGAUCCUUUUAAGGUGGGAGUGAGAUCUCUUCAGCUAAUCUUGUCUUUUAUGUCAACUUGUUGGUGGAUCUGUAGCCAUACUAUUUAUCAUGACAGACAUGACAUCUAUUUCUGGACCUUUUGAACUUUCCUGUAUGUUAAACUGUAAUGUCUGAGUGAUAAUGACAAAACAAAGAUGGGUUGAUCAACAUUAAACAGAACUGUUGUAGGAGAUGAUACAUUCACCAGUAGAAAGUGAUACACUCUUUGAGGGGACAAAAAUAUUGUUACAAUAUACUUGUGGGACUGAUAAAAGUCAAUAUUUCUUUUGAUUGAAGUAUUUAAAUGUUAGUAACAUUGUGUCCAAUAUGUUUAAUCAUCUCCCAUCAUAGUAGGCACACAUUUUAUGUAAGAUCAUUUGUUUAUAUAUAAAUAUAAAUAAUUGAAUAUACUGUAUUUAAUUGAAUACAGUAUAGUUUUAGACAGUGGUCACCAAUCGGUCGAUCGAUGCAUUCCUAGUUGAUCACCUAACUGAAAAGCCAACGAUAAAGGCUGCCACUCCUUUUUGUGUGUGUGUGUUGUGCUGUUGGUGGUAUAGUAGGGACACUUGAUUCAGAAGCCCUGUGCGCCGGGGAGGAGAAGUGUUCCCAUUUUUAACCAUUUAAUUUGUCUGAAAAGACUAACUGCCUACUAACUGACCAAUCGGAUAGCUCAAAUCAUGUACCUACAGCUUCCAGGACCCCGGCCACAGUAGUUUUAUACUCGCCUACAUGAGAUUUCAUAUAAUUGAAAACAAUGACCAUAGAGAGACUGUCAAAUAAUACAGCAAAUAGCUGAUGUUUUUAUGUGUGAGGUCAUGUCCAAGUUUGUAUUCAGCACCGUCAAACACUGUUUUUAUUCAACGCUAUUACAAAACAUAAAAUACG